UUUAAGUAAACUUACACUUGCUUCUUCUCUUGUUCAUCACAUAGUAUUUCGUUUUUUCACUCUGUUCUUGUUCAUCAUGGCUUCACCAAAAGAACACAUUGAACAAAUAAGAAGAACAAAGUUCUCUAUUGGCGGUGAACAAAACCCUCUGACCGAAGAUCUUCACCAUGCUGUCAAGAAUCUCUCGGCUGAGCUUUAUGCAAAAGAUGUUCAUUUCCUCAUGGAGCUAAUUCAAAAUGCAGAAGAUAACAGUUACAUGAAAGAAGUGAAACCGUCGCUGGAGUUUGUCAUAACUUCGGAUGACAUUACUGGUACGGGUGCUCCAGCCACCUUGCUUAUUUUCAACAAUGAAAAUGGUUUUUCUCCCAAGAACAUUGAGUCCAUUUGCAGUGUCGGACGAUCAACUAAAAAGGGCAAUAGGAGCAGCGGUUACAUAGGAGAGAAAGGAAUUGGUUUUAAGAGUGUGUUUUUGGUUACUGCACAACCUUAUAUCUUUAGCAAUGAAUAUCAGAUAAGGUUCAAUGAAAAGCCCUGCCCACAUUGCAGUCUUGGAUAUAUAGUUCCUGAAUGGGUUGAGAAGAAGCCAACCCUGUCGGACAUAAAGAAGAUAUAUGGUAAAGAUUCUCUACCAACUACAACUAUUGUCUUGCCUCUGAAGUCGGAUAAGGUUGAUCCUGUAAAACAACAACUGUCAAAAGUUCAUCCUGAAGUUCUUUUGUUUCUUAAAAAAAUCAGACACCUUUCUGUCAGAGAGGUAAACAAAAAUCCCUCACAGAACACUAUAACUUCUGUAUCAAUUUCCAGUGAGAUUAACUUUGUGACUAGAAAAAACAUGAAUGCAGAGUCCUACACACUCCAUCUCUCUGCCGGGGAAAAUAGUAGUUCUGAGAAGGAAUGCUCCUACUACAUGUGGACGCAAAAGUUUCCUGUUAGGCCAGAAAAUGUGGUCGAAAGGAGAACCGAUCUGGAAGAAUGGGUUGUGACAUUAGCCUUUCCAGUUCAUGAGAGGCUUCAUACUAGCAAAACCUCGCCAGGGGUGUAUGCAUUUCUUCCUACAGAGAUGGUCACUAACUUUCCUUUCAUUAUUCAAGCUGAUUUUGUCCUUGCCUCAUCUAGGGAGACAAUUCUCUUGGACAAUAAAUGGAAUCAAGGGAUACUUGAAUGUGUUCCGUCUGCAUUUAUGGAUGCAUUCAAAACACUUGUCAUACGAUCUGGUCAAGUUCCGGUAUCUAGUUUGGCUCGUACUUUCAAGGUCCUUCCCAUUGAAAGUUCUCCAUUUGAGAAGUUUAAUCAUGUGCGGGACAAGAUCAAAGCAAAAUUAAUUGAAGAAAAUAUUGUUCCCAUUGAGACAUACACAGAACAAAAGCACUUCUAUAAGCCUGGUGCAGUAAGCAGGCUGCUGCCCGAAUUCUGGGACAUAUUGAAUAAAGCCAGGGACGAAGGAGUGUAUCUGCUUAACCUGUCUUCUCAUGAUGGUAGGAAGAUCCUGAGUUCUUCGUUUGAUACAACCGAGUAUGAUAAAAUACUUGACUUUUUAGGGGUGAAAUCAGUUAAUGUUGAUUGGUACGCCAAGUGCAUCCAAAGUUCUAAUCUUGUUGAUGGAGUAUCAGAAGAUCUCUAUCUACAGCUUUUAUUGUUUGUUGCUAAAUAUUGGUCUUCAAAAUUUGAGGGAACAAACAUUGAUAGUAUUCCUUUGAUUAAGUAUGUGUCACUCGAUGGAACUCUAUCCUCUUUCAAUCUUGAUGAAUGCACACAAAGCCAUGCAGGUGCCAAGCGAGUAGUAAUAACUGACUCAAGUCAGUCUAAUGUUUGCUCUUGGCUCAUCAAUUGGAACAAGGAAUUUGCAUGUGCAGCAAACUGUUUUUUUAUGCCAGAAACAACACAGAAAGCUAUGUUAAGAAUGUCCCACAAACAGACUUUGAUGGAAUGGCUUGUAAGUGAAGUAAAUGUUACUAGUUUGAGCCCGUAUGCUUUUGCAAAACUCCUCUGCAGUUCUGUUAAAAAUAACAGAAAACAUGCCAUUGCAUAUGCUCAUUUUUUGUACCAUUCUUUGUCCAAGGGGUAUUUGACAAAGCGUGAGGUUGAUAGUCUAUGUAAUUCUAUGCCACUUGUUGAUAGCUACGGGUCAAUCACUGUGAAAGGAGAAGGGGUUCUUGUGCCCGCAAAUGUGAGUAAAUGGGCAGACUUGAUCGUUUCUAAUCCUUGGAGGGAUGAAGAUUAUGUUGAGCUUGGGAAGGAGUACCUUAAUUCAUCAUCUUAUGCAGGCCAAUAUACAGAUUCCGGGAAGCUUAUUUGUUUUCUCAAAACACAUGUUGGAGCUUCUGACAUACCUCAUAUAUCUCCUCCAAAUGCUGGAUUUUCAGCAGUUAAUACACCACUUACGAAAGACAACGCCUUUUUGCUUCUGGAAUGGAUUCGAAAUCUUAAGUACAAGGGAGUCCAUCUACCAGAGAGGUUUUUGAAAUGUAUAAAAGAUGGAAGCUGGCUUAAAGUCACUGUCAAUGGAUACAGGCCCCCUUCGAAGUCGUUCUUAAUUCGCUCACCGUUGGGGAAAAUUCUUCAGAAUGGUUCUGUUCUUGUUGAUAUCCCACUGAUUGAUGAGCGCUUCUAUGGGGAUAGAAUAAAUACAUACGAAGAGGAGUUGAAAACAGUUGGAGUGAUGUCCAGUUGUGAGGAAGCAUGCAAUUUCAUUGGAAAAGAACUUAUGUCUCGUGCAUCUUCCUUCACUCUAAGCAUGAAUCAUGUUCUUUUGAUGCUUAAAUUCAUCCGAUAUCUUAGGAAUAGUCUUCUUCCUUUGGAUAAAUUUGUGAACAGCAUCAAAGAUGGGCGUUGGCUAAAGACUUCUUGUGGUUUAAUGUCUCCUGUGGGAUCUGUGUUGAAUGAUUCUGAGUGGCAAGUAGCAUCCCAAAUCAGUAAUAUCCCUUUUAUCGAUCAAUCUUAUUAUGGUUAUGAAAUAUGCAGUAGUUACAAAGAUGAGCUGAAGCUGCUAGGAGUGAUAGUUGGCUUGAGUGGAAAUCAUGAGAUUGUCAUCAAGCACUUAAAGUCGCCGGCAAACUUGGCAUCUUUGACAGCUGAGGCUGUUCUUUUGUCUAUGCAUUGCAUGAGACUCUCGAAUGAUUCUAGUAAACUCUCUACUUCCCUAAAGGGAACAACCUGCCUGAAGACAAACAUGGGUUUCAAAAUACCCAGUGAAUGCUUCUUGUAUGAUCCGGUGUGGGGCUGCAUUUUGGAUGUAUUUGAUGGCUUUCCUAUAAUUGAUAAGAAACUCUAUGGAGAGAAGAUAUUUUUGUACAAGGCUGAGCUGAGGAAGAUUGGUGUUAUGGUUGAUUUUGAAGAUGUCAUCAAAAAAUUUGCUUCUCUCUUCAAACAGAAGGCAUUACAAACUUCAAUUAGCAAAGAAAAUGUCAUGUCAUUUCUUUCCUGUUGCAGGCUGCUGAAGAAAACUGAUUAUAGUUUUCCUUCGGAUUUCUCGACCAUUAUACAUAAUCAGAAGUGGCUGUACACUAAGGUUGGCUGUUAUACAUGCCCCGGAAAAUGCAUAUUAUAUGCUCCGGAGUGGAAAUCUAUAUCUUCAAUUACUUGUCUCCCAUUCAUUGACGACAGCGACAAAUAUUAUGGUGCAGCAAUACAAAAAUACAAGGAAGAGCUAAAGAGCAUUGGCGUUGUUACUGAAUUGAAAAAAGGACUGAGGUUUGUGCUCGAAUGUCUGAAUUUUCCUUCAAAUCCCUCCACUAUUACUCCGGAAAGUGUGCUUUCUUUUCUGGGGUGCAUCCAAAGUCUAUUGAGCGAGAACAAGUUUUCCGUUGAUGAAGAGUUAAAAAAGAGAUUGUCCAGAAAUUGGUUGAAGACACAUGCUGGUUAUAGGCCUCCAGAGAUGUGUUUGCUGUUUGAUUCCAAGUGGAGUUCUUUCUUUAAUCCAACUGAUGGGCCAUUUAUUGAUGAAAGUUUUUAUGGACCUAAGAUUGCAUCUUUUCAGAAGGAACUUAAUGCAGUAGGAGUUAUUAUUGAUCUUGAGAAAGGAUGUUCCUUGCUUUCCAGUCACCUUGAGUCUCUCUCUAACACUGAUAAUAUUGUGAAGAUUUAUAGGUACUUGUCCGAAUACGGUUGGAAGCCAGAGAAACAAGACGACAAGAAAAUUUGGAUUUCAAAUGGAACCAAUGGAGGGAAAUGGGUCGAUUCUGUAGAAUGUGUCAUACAUGAUCCGGAUAAGCUUUUUUCUUUGAAGUUUUAUGUUCUUGAAGAUAUCUAUGAUAAGAAAAUUCUUCCUUUCUUAACCUUUUCCAUGGAAGUCAGGUAUAAGCCCUGCGUUGAAGAUUAUGUUGAUCUCUGGAAUGAUUGGGAGAAAUCGUCCCAAGAAUUGUCCUAUGACAAGUGCUGUAAAUUCUGGAUGUUUAUCAUGAAACACUUGGGCUCGAAUACCGAGAAGAAACUUUCUGAGAGGCUAAUCAAACUACCUGUAACCACAUGCAGCAAAGAAAUAUUUCUGCAGGAUAAGGAAGAUGCAUUUAUUCCUGAUAAUCUUCAUCUGAAAAGGCUUUUUGAGAAUGAGAAAGUUUUUGUGUGGUAUCCUGAACAGAACUUUGGCCCAUCCUCCAUUGCUAAGUUGUAUGACAUCUACCGAAAGGUAGGUGUUCGGAAUAUCUCUGAGUCUCUGUCGAAAGAAGAAUCAUCAUUGGUUAAUGAUGAUGGUGUUGAAAUGGUGCAAGUUGAUCCUAAUAGCAUUUUCAACUUAAAAGGUUUGGUUAAGCUCAUUCUUGGCUUCCUUGCUUGUUCAAGCUUGAAAAUGGAAGCUGACAAGAGGCAUGAAGCUGUUCAAGGUCUUCUCAACCUGAGUUUCCUGAAGACGAUGGUUCCUGUCACGGUAAGCUAUAGUUUAUCACUGUCAUCAGGGGACAUUGUUACGAAGAAAGAUGACAAAAUGGUUCGCUGGGAUAGGCAAAUGUCCAAGUUUUUCAUCCAUAAGAUGGAUGAGUCUCAGGGAAAUGCACUCAAGUAUGCAACAUAUUUCUGUGAGACUAUAUCUGAAGGUGUUUUGUGUGAGAAUCACGAUUUUGUUCCUGCGCUAUCUGAGUUGAUCACACUGGGGUUUUUGCUGAACUUCAAGGAUGAAGAUAUUGAUUUUCUGAUGGUGUCCAAGAACUUACAGAUUUUCCUGGAGGAUGAAAAGUUUCUCAGUUCUGCCUUCCCAUCUGACUAAGUAUUAUGCAGUGGUUUUAUUUUGUUACUGUGUCUGUUUGCUGAAUAUGUUUGAUGUUUUCUUGUUCUAUUUUCAGUGUGUGAGUGACUAUGUUCAGACUACUUUAUGAUUUUGUAUGGGAAUUACCUAUUAAGUACCUUUUAACAAUAGUUUGUUUCCUUUAUUUCUA